GAGUUUCUAGAUCUGGAGAGGUUGAGGGGAUUCAUUUCGCUCUAACAACUGCAACACUCUACAUUUUACUGUAUCAGAGCUGGUGAAAUAUACACAUUUGUCAUGAAAAAUGUGUGCCCCUAGACCUCGAAAGCGCUCUUGAUUUGAACAUGAGUUCCUUAUCUGACCUGCUGAUGGUGCGGCUGUGUCUGUUGCUGUGGCUGUUGGUCAAGUCUGUGGCUGCUCCUGACCCUGCAGUGGUCACUAUGACGGUGGAUGAUGCUGCGUGUGACAUCGGAGGGGAUGACUGGCGGUUUGACUGUUUUCCGCAGGGAACACCCGCACAGACCGAGUGUGAGGCACGAGGGUGCUGUUGGAGGCCACCCCUCAAGCCUCGACCCCCAUCUCCCUCCGGUCUGACAGUGCCCGAGUGUUACUUCCCUCUAGACUACCAGUCAUACCGCACUCAGGCUGUCAGUUCCAGCAGAGGUCACGGCCAGGUCAAGGCCACACUGACCAAGGGGUCACCCUACCCCAGGGAUGUCAGAAAUAUCCAGGCAGACUUCUUUGCUCAUUCUACUAAUGUUCUGAAUAUACAGAUCCGCGACGCAGAUCGUGAGAGAUGGGAGGUUCCACUACUGCACAACAGACGGCAUUGUGGGAGGGGUCAGGGGUCGGCGUGGCCAGGUCAUGCUCACAGCGGGCACGAGAUGGGAGCAGGCAAUGUGCUGACUUUUGGGGACUUUCUCGUCACUCUUUCCAAACCCGGCCAGCCAUUUUGGUUCCAGGUUGCCAGAACAACGGGCGAAAUUUUGAUAGAGAGCACGGGCGGGUUCAUCUACUCAGACCAGCUGCUCCAGCUGUCCACCACCCUGGCCUCAUCGUUGCUCUACGGGCUGGGCGAGCGCCGGGGCGGCCUGGCGGUCAGCGCCAACUGGACACGUGUGGCUCUCUGGAACAGGGAUCACCACCCCAAGGAGAACACAAAUCUGUAUGGCACUCACCCGUUCUACAUUGCCAGAGACGCCAGAGGUUGGCAUGGAGUCUUGUUUCUCAGCAGCAACGCCUUGGACGUGAUUGUCCAGCCUGCCCCAGCUCUCACGUGGCGCACGAUCGGCGGAAUCUUCGACAUCUAUCUCUUCUCGGGUCCCGAGAUAUGGGCAGUGACCCGGCAGUACACGGAGGUUGUAGGUCGCCCGUUCAUGCCGCCGUACUGGGCCCUUGGCUUCCACCUGUGUUGGCAGCGCUACGGCACGGCAAACAACACGCGUGCUACCAUGGACCGACUACGCAAGUUCGGCAUCCCACAGGACGUGCAGUGGAAUGACAUCGAUUACGCUAAAGGUGCGCGCGUGUUUACCACGGACACAGAGAAGUUUGGCAAUCAGGUGGGGCUGGCUGGGGAGAUACACAGUCGUGGCAUGCACUACAUCAUCAUGGUGGACUGUGGGAUCAGCAACAAUGCCACUCCAGGCACAUACCAGCCGUAUGACCUGGGCAGACAGAUGGAGAUAUUUAUCAAAGACUUGGAUGGACAGCCACUAGUGGGCAGGGUAUGGCCUGGCACCACAGUAUGGCCGGACUUCACUAACGGUCAGAGUGGACGGUACUGGAGGAAAAUAGCCGGGGACUUCCACAAAAAAGUCGCUUUUGACGGAGCCUGGGUGGAUAUGAAUGAAAUUUCCAGCUUUGCGGAUGGUUCUGUACAUGGCUGUGAUGAGAAGAAUCCGUUAGACGUACCUCCGUAUAUACCAGGCAUCGCGGACAGAGAGCUGUACAAGCACUCCAUCUGUCACCACGGCCGGCACGCAGCCUCCUCCCACUACAACGUGCACAGCCUGUACGGCCUGCUCGAGGCCAACGCCACCUACCACGCCAUGUUGUCCAUCCGAGGGAAACGGACGCUGGUCAUCUCUCGAUCCUCCUUUGUGGGUCAAGGCCAGGUCAGCGGUCACUGGUCCGGGGACAACUCGGGCACCUGGCACGACAUGCACAUGUCCAUACCAGCCAUGCUGCAGAUGAACCUGUUUGGCGUUCCCUUCACGGGCUCGGACAUUUGCGGGUUUUUCCUCAACGCGACGGAGGAGCUGUGCACACGGUGGCACCAGCUGGGAGCUUUCUACGUCUUCUCACGGAACCACAACUCUGACACCUGCCGGCCCCAAGACCCCGGUCAGUUUGGGCCAGCGUCGGCCGCUUCGACCCGUAAGGCUCUCCUGACCCGCUACACGCUGCUGCCGUACCUCUACACGCUGUUGUUCUACAGCCAUGUGUACGGGGACCCGGUGGCCAGGCCUCUCUUCUUCCAGUACCCUGAUGACUCAAGGACACAGGACAUAGACAGACAGUUCAUGUGGGGGCCUGCUCUCUUGUUCUCUCCUAUCUUGGAGCCUAAGCAAACAUCAGUGUUGGCCUACUUCCCUCGUGAUGUGUGGUUCGACUUUUACUCGGGCCGUCGUGUCCCACGUUCGGGUCAGGUGGUGCGUCUGCCGGCGCAGUAUGAUGUCAUCAACGUACACGUGAGGGGAGGGAGUGUGGUGCCGAUGCAGUCUCCCGGGCUCACCACCACUGUCAGUCGAGAGCUGCCAUUCUGGCUGCUAGUUGCCCUCGAUGAUGACGGGGAGGCCAAAGGUCAACUGUACGUGGAUGAUGGCGAAAGCUUGGAUACUUACGAGCGAGGCCUCUACAACAUGGUCAAGUUUGAGACGCAGAAGAACACCUUGUGGUCGAAGCCUGAAUUUAUUGGUUACCACGGCAACAUGAACCUGAGCAAUGUGACAGUGUUUGGUCUUCAGGACAUGCCCACUGAUGUCCAGGUCAAUGGAGAGUCGGUCAUCUAUCAGUUUUACGACACGGUUCUGUACAUUCCCCAAGUAAAAGUGUCGCUGGCUAAACCCUUCAAUGUGACGUGGGGAGGGUCAGAGUAGGUGUAGAUGAUUGGCUGUCUACAUCAACACACUCACACAUCAACACACUCACACAUCAACACACUUACACAUCAACACACUCACACAUCAAUACACUUA